CAUUAUUCGGGUCAAAAAGAUAUAUGUUAGGGUUGUAACUGUGCGUCGUACACUCGGAGGUCGGACGAAGCAGUGAUGUGGCGAGUGUUGUUUCCUCUACUCCCAGCACUGGUCAGCUGCCAGAUCUGGACACAAGACAUGCUGGACAAUUUCGCCCAGACUCUGCAGGUCAGAUGGAAGGUCAAGGACAAUAUAGAGUUUGACAACAGAUACUUUGCGGAAGUGACCUUGAAAAAUGCCGGGUCGUUCAUUCUGAGUAAAACCGGGCAAUGGAAUAUAUACUUCGACUGCAUCCAAAUGAUAGAACCUGAUGUCCUACCCCGACCGGAAGGGGCUGUCCUAGAUGGUCAAGGGGUCAAGGUUACCCAUUUACAAGGUUCCCAUUUUCGCCUUGAACCGACGGACACUUUCCUUGACCUACCGUCCAACACAAGCAGGAAAAUCAAGUUUUAUGUACAGUAUUGGGAGGUUGCUAAAACAAGUAUAAUGCCGAACUGGUACUUCAUGGCACCGGGUUUAGUACCCAAGGUAAUACAAAGCACAGUAGGAGAAGAAUUAUCUUUCGUUGACGACUUCAUUAAACCGCAGCAGGUGAAACGAUACGCGACGGACAGAUAUGCUCCCUUCACACCACAGGAGAGAUACAGACGGAACCACUUGACCGACUCCUCCGACAACGGAGAGGUCAGGAUCAUCCCCAAGCCCCUGAAUAUGACGGUGGUCAAGGAGGAGAGCUUGACCAUCAACGCCGAUACAUGGAGGGUGUAUGCUCUUGACAGCCUAUCUAACGAGGCCAACUAUUUCAAGCAAAUGUCCAAUAUUGAAAUUGGUGGAGCAGACAUAGGAAAUGACGUCAUACGCAUGCGCAUCGGCAACGUUGGUGUUCCCGAGGGAGGGAUCGCGAACAGCCUCGACGCGUACAGACUGACAGUGGAUGUCACCAACAGAGUGAUUGAAAUCACGGGACAAGGAGCCUCGGGGGUGAUGUACGGAGCUCAGACCCUGCUCAGCCUUAUGUCUCAGAGAGGGAACAUGGUCUACAAGAUGGACAUCAUCGACUCGCCGAGAUACUCAUACAGGGGUCUCCAUUUGGAUGUUGGACGGAACUUCCAUUCGAAAGAGGAAGUGUUAAGACUGCUGGGUAACAUGGCGAUGUACAAGCUAAACAAGCUCCACCUUCACCUGUCUGAAGACGAGGGCUGGAGACUGGAGAUCCAAGGGUUGGAGGAACUUACUCAGAUAGGUUCAAAGAGAUGCUUCGAUCUCACAGAAAUGACGUGCCUGUAUCCACAAAUUGGUUCCGGUCCAACAGCGUCCACUUCCGGUUCCGGGUUUUACACAACAACCGACUACAGGGAAAUUCUACAGGAAGCGAACAGAUUGCACAUUCAGGUCAUACCGGAAUUUGACAUGCCGGGGCAUUCGCGCGCCGCCGUAAAGUCAAUGGAGGCAAGGUUCAAGAUUCUUCAAGGCCAAGGCCGGGAGGAGGAAGGCCGGAAGUACCUCUUGGUUGAAGAAGGGGACAAUUCAAGUUACAUCACGGCACAAAUGUUCACAGACAACUCCAUUAAUCCCUGCUUGGAAUCGACCUACACGUUCAUCGACCACGUGAUAGGAGCGGUCGUGACGUUACAUCAAGACAUUCAACCACUGACAGUCUACCACUACGGAGGGGAUGAGGUUGGGAACGGGGCAUGGGUCAAUUCCACAGCCUGCAAGACCCUGUUUGGCUCUAACACCGUGUCUACUGGACAGGUCAAGGAGUACUUCUUCACACGAUUGGCAAAUCUGACAGUCACGAGAAAUCUAAAUAUGGCAGCUUGGGAGGACGGCCUCGUGAGGCAGCAAAAUGAAGUAUUUGACAGAAGCCUGGCGGGGAACGAAGAAGUGUACAGCUACGCCUGGGACAACAUUUGGGAGUGGGGAACAGGAGGAAGGGCGUACGACAUGGCCAACAAGGGUUAUAAGGUCAUAAUGGCUCACGCCUCCCACCUCUUCUUGGACCACCCCGACGAGCCCGACCCAGAAGAAAGAGGCUAUUACUGGGCAACUAGAUUUACCGAUGCAAAGAAAACGUUCAGCUUUACACCCGAAAAUCUCUACUCUCUGAUCGAGGUGAGACGGUCAGGGGCUGCACUCCCGAGGGAGGAAGCGUGUGGAGUGAAUGAUGAGAGUUGUCCUCCCUUGCAGAGACCAGAAAAUAUUGCCGGACUCCAAGCUUGUUCAUGGACCGAAACGUCCAGGACGCAAGACCAGGUGGACUUACGCCUUUUCCCUCGACUGCUCUCAUUGGCUGAGCGAGCGUGGCACAAAGCACAAUGGGAAGACGAGAGUGAGAGCGAGGCUGGCAAGACCGCCAUGAGAGAGGACUGGGAGUCCUUCGCUAAACUGAUUGGUCGUUAUGAACUUCGGCGUCUAGAAACCAACGGUGUUCAAUACAGAAUUCCCCCACCAGGAGCUGUGGAAGAAAACGGGUUUCUGAAGCUGACCACGACAUACCCCGGGCUAACUGUCCAGUACAGCAAGGACGGCGGCAACACGUGGUUUGUCGCCAACAGCAACGUCCUGGUUAAACCUUGGGACACUCUACAUCUCCGGACCAGAUCCAGCAACAUGCAGAGGUUCAGCCGGGUUGUAACACUACAUGGAACCGAACCUUUGCCGCUGGUAGACCAGUCCGUCCUUGACUACAUGGCAGAAAACAUCGUCCUCACUUACUCGGUCUUGGAUAAUUUCCAAGAUGGCGCUAGCACGUUUCUUGCCCAAGUCACUCUGAAGAACACGGGUCCACAAGAUGUUGUCAAAGGCAACUGGGGCAUCUAUUACUGCAGCAUCUAUAUGGUACCUGAUGAGCAGCCAGAACUGACACUCGAGCAGAUGACCAUCAAACACAUUAAAGGAUGCUUGUUCAAGAUGGAGCCAACAUCUGAGUUUAAACCAUUGAAGUCGAACGAGGUGCGGACACUCAAGUUCCGGGUUCAGAACUGGUCUGUGUCAAAGACGGAUAUGAUGCCUAACUGGUAUAUGUGGGCGGAGGGAUUGAAGGCUCGCACUAUCGCCAGUACCAAGGGACCUGGGUUAGAGUUCGUGAAGGACUUUACAACAGUCAACCAAUGGAAGCGGUAUGACACUCCUGAUCUGAAAGACAGGUACGACCCGUACACCCCUGAUGUAAGAUAUGGAAUGGCCCAGGACAUAACUGACCUGGGAUCAUCCCCACAUCCAGUAAUUCCUACUCCAGUUACCAUGGUAAUUGAUGAUAACCUUGAGAUGAUGAUGUCAGCGAUUAUAACCAUUACUACUGAUCCAUUGUUCGAAGCUGACGCCGACUACCUCAAAGAGGAGCUCUCCAAGGGAGGCUACUCUGCCAUCAACGUCAGCACAUCAGCGCCACCACCUCGUGGCUACAUCCAGCUUCUCCAGAGAGACCCGCAAGUCACCAUAAACAGUAAAAUAGCCUCAUCCCCAGAAGCAUACUCUCUGACCGUUGACCCUGUCAAUGAGGUCAUCCGAAUUUGGUCCAACACAUCUGACGGCAUCUUCUAUGGUAUACAGACCCUGCUCAGCCUCGCUCUCAAGUCCAGCUCUGACGGCAAGUUGUACAAGAGUACCAUAGAGGAUGCACCCCGGUUUGCAUACAGGGGGAUGCAUUUGGACGUGGGCAGGAACUUCCAUGGGAAGGAGUCGGUGAUGAAACUGCUGGACGCCAUGGCCAUGUACAAACUAAACAAGUUCCACUUCCACCUGACGGAGGACGAGGGCUGGAGGGUGGAGAUUCCAGGUCUGAAGGAGCUCACUGAGAUUGGAGGUAAGAGAUGCCAUGACAUCGAAGAAGAGAAAUGCGUCCUUUCCCAACUUGGAUCAGGUCCCGACACUACUACUUCCGGGUCAGGAUUUUACACGAUCGACGACUACAAAGACAUUCUGCAAUACGCUAGUGCCCGUCAUAUUGAAGUCAUACCGGAAGUAGACUCGCCCGGACAUGCGCAUGCAGCUAUAUUCGCCAUGCACGCCAGACGACAGCGGCUCCUUGACAUCGGAGACAUUGACAACGCCGACUCGUUUGGACUUGUCGACCUUGAAGACCCAUCGGAUUAUCUCUCAAUUCAAAUGUUCAAGGACAACGCCAUCAACCCGUGUAUAAAUUCAACUUACAGUUUUAUCAAAUACAUAGUUGACAUGUUUAUUGACAUGCACAAAGACAUCAGUCCUCUGAAGACUUUCCAUUUUGGAGGUGAUGAAGUUGCUAGUGGCGCGUGGAAGAACUCGCCAGCUUGUCAGGCGCUGUUGAGAGCCAAUGUCAGUCUGAAGGAACAUUUCACGAGGAAUGUUGCCAACAUCACGAGUCUCCACAACUUGAAUCUCGGAGGAUGGGAGGAUGGUCUCAUGGAGUCCGUGUUCGAACCCUUCAAUAAAGAACUCCUGGGAAGUCAGGACGUGUUGGCGUAUGCGUGGGACAACGUAUGGGAGUGGGGUGUGUCAACUCGGGCGUACAGACUGGCCAACGCAGGAUUUAAGGUUAUUCUGGCUCAUGUGACGCACCUGUACUUCGACCACCCGUAUGAGCCGGACCCGGAAGAGAGAGGGUACUACUGGGGCCCCCGUUUCACCGACACCUGGAAGACGUUCGGGUACAUGCCGGACAACGUGUACGAGAACGUGGACGUCCGGCGCAAUGGCGACCCCAUGACAAAGGAGGAGCUGUGUGGCCAGGACGGCAGCCUGUGUAUUCCACUUACAAAACCGGAAAAUGUUCUUGGAAUGCAAGGCCAUUUAUGGAGCGAGACGGUUCGAACACAAGACAACCUGUUCUAUAUGAUAUUCCCGAGGAUAAUUGCCCUAGCGGAAAGGGCGUGGCACAAGGCAGCAUGGGAGGACAUAAUGGAGGCAGAGACGCGAAACAACGAAAAACGAAAAGAUUGGAUAAAUUUUGCAAACUCGUUAGGAUACCAGGAGUUACCUGCCCUUGAUAAACUAAACAUCACUUACCGGGUGCCGCCCCCUGGUGCAAGAAAUAAUAAUGGUCGACUAAAUCUUAAGUCGCCAUUCCCUGGCCUAGGUUUGGAAACAAGCACCGACGGCGGAAACAGCUGGCAGACGGCAUCAGCGGAAAUGACGGUUGCCCAGGGGCAAACAGUCCUCGUAUCGCUCAAGUCGGCAGAUGGGAGAAGACGUGGGCGGGCGGUUACUGUCAGGGUACCCGUUAGUAAUACCGUGACGGAUUCAGGCGCACACAGCACAAUAAAAGCCACAACAGUAUCAUUGUUCAUGUGUAUACUUCAGUUGAUGUACAGAUAUUUGGAAAUACGUGUCUCAAAAUAAUAUGAUUAUUGGUUUUGGGUGUCUAACAUAUUGAAAUAACCUUCCAGUGAUAGGACAAUCUCUUAUAGUUAAAAUAAGUGUAAUAUUGCAUUUGGUUGGGCUCUUUUAAUAUUAGCAAUAAGAAGGGACCAAACUAUGUUUAUAAAGUCGAAUUCUUUCUGACACUGUAAAAAGUGAUAUUUUAAGGUAUUGCAUUUAACCAUAUAUAUAUAUAUUGACCGAACCAAUGCAAAAGAGACACAAAAUUACUCUUUUUUUAACCAACAUGUCUCAAACGGCUUGUUUGUGUGCAACUAGUAAAAACUUACAAGUCAUCUUCCUUAUGGCACAAAUGCCGGUAUACGUCGACUACUUUGUUGGUUGGUUAGUUGGUUUGCUUGUUGGUUGGUUGGUUUGUUGUUUAACGCCGCACUCAGCAAUAUUCCAGCUAUAUGACGGCGAUCUGUAAAUAAACGAGCCUGGACCAGAAAAUCCAGUGAU